AUAUUCAUAGAUACGUGUGUCUUUGGAUCACUUAGAAAAAAGCGAGAUAAUGAUUUCCCGAAACUAACUAAAGAACAAAACAAAAUAAAAAAAAUCCCAAGUAGAGAAGUCAGUAAAUACUAAAUAUUAUUGAGGAGAAAACAAAAAAAAAGAUACCUUUAACAAUUAACAAAAAUAUGAAACAACUGAAAAAUAUUCGAAAAAUGUUUUCCUAUGAGAUAUAAAGCUUAUCGAGAGCGCCGCUUUCACUUACCUCUUCAUCUACCUUCUUCUUCCUUCUCGUACGUUUUUCUAAUGUGGAGCUAGCAAAUCUGGCUAUCGAAACCCCUAAUCACAAGCUCAACCUGAGAGCCUUCAAGGCCAAUCACAAGAAAGUCAUGAGCCCGAUGAUAAGAGCAGAGGAGGAAGAAGAUUAUACGAGUCCACCGUGGCUAAUGCCAAUGCUACGAGGCAGCUACUUUAUCCCUUGUUCGAUCCACGUCAACUCCAACAAAAACGAAUGCAACAUGUUCUGUCUCGAUUGUGCUGGAACUACUUUUUGCUCUUACUGUCUGGUCAAACAUAAAAACCAUCGCGCUGUUCAGAUAAGGAGAUCUUCUUACCACAACGUGGUAAGAGUGAAUGAGAUACAAAAAUACUUAGACAUCACUUGCGUUCAAACAUAUAUAAUCAACAGUGCAAGGAUACUGUUCCUCAAUGAAAGACCUCAGCCAAGAAUCGGAAAAGGUGUUACAAACACUUGUGAAAUAUGUUGUAGAAGCCUUCUCGAUUCUUUCCGCUUCUGCUCUCUAGGUUGCAAGCUCGGGGGAAUGAAGAGAGGGGAUCAAAGUCUGACCUUCUCAAUGAGAGGAAAGCAGGGGAGAGAGCAUCAAGGUGGGUUGGAAUCAGACGAGGCUACCACACCAACUAAACUGCGUAAGACCAAUGCUUUCAACCGUCUGAUGAGUGGUCUCUCAAUCUCUACCGUUAGGUUUGAUGACUAUGGUCCAGGUGGUGAUCAACGGUCUUCAAGCUCUGGCGAUGAAGGUGGUUUCAGUUUUUCUCCGGGAACACCUCCGAUAUAUAAUCACCGGAAUUCAAGCAGACGAAAAGGGAUUCCACGCCGUGCUCCGUUCUAAAAAAAAAUUACUUAAUUACAAUCCCGUAUAUUGAAUAUUAAUAAUUAAUAAAUUAAUACUAUAAAUAGAAAAUAGGGUAAUAAUACGCAUCAAUAUUAUAAUGUGUAACUCUUGGGUAAAAUCUAGGUUGUAGUCAUAAUGUUGAACAUGGGCAGUGUCGUCUUUUUAUAGUUUCUUUUCAUAAAUGAUAAAGGGAACACAAUUAGGCACAUAUAUAUACAUAAAUAUAUUUUAAUAUAAAUAUAGAAAAAUUUAGAUUAUAUAGUUAAGGGUUUGAUGUACCUUUGCUAAAAAACGCAUGGCUUUGUUUUGUGUUGCAAUGUAUUUUGUACAUUAAUUUGUUCAUACUGUAAUAAUAUGAAGUAAAACUGUAAUAACUGGAUCGUAUAUAUAAACGCUGAUGCGUUUUCUACUGCA